AAUCACUUGGAUCAGACGCGUCUCCAACGCUUAUCUCACACACAAACACGCACUCUCUCUCUCUCUCUCUCUGUCGACUCACACAGACACACCACCCUUCACGCACUAAUCAGACAACGCUUUCUCUUCUGUCUCUGACUCUCUAGUACAAUUCUGAAACAGCUAUAUAUAUACAUAAAUACAACAGAUUCGGAUUUACCACGGCACCAAAAAGAUAAAGACUUAAGAGUGAAGAUUCCCAGAACCAUCCAUGGCUAAUAAGUCUAAGCACCACCUAACGGUCUCUAUCUUCCUUUUCCUUGUAAUCCUCUCUGGUCCCACCUAUGCCCGCUUCAUCGCCCUCCGUUCAACUUCGGAUCUACUCUCUGAUGGGGUCCAUCUCACUCUCAACCGAUUCGCCGCCGAGACUUCAACGUGCGACGAGACCUACGGGUUCUUACCGUGCACCACCUCGGUUCUCGGAAACAUCUUUCUAAUCGCUGUGUACGGUUUCCUUAUGUUCAUAGCUGCCAAGUCAUUGUCCGAUGGGAGCGAGCUCUUGUUGGAAAUUCUAGGACCUGGUAUUAUUGGCGGUCUCUUCCUCCCUAUUCUCGGGGCUCUCCCUGAUGCCAUGCUCAUUCUCGUAUCUGGUCUUUCCGGAUCGACAGAAACUGCUCAGAGUCAAGUCUCUGUUGGAAUGGGAUUGCUAGCUGGGUCAACUGUUAUGCUUCUUACAAUAAUAUGGGGAUCGUGUGUUAUUGUUGGGAAGUGCGACCUUAAAGAUUCAGUUGCACAAGAUGCACAGGAUACAAAAGGGUUCAGUUUAACGGAAUCUGGCAUUAGUACUGACAUCUGGACUAGCUAUGCUGCAAUGAUGAUGGUCAUAUCUGUCAUCCCAUUUUUAGUUGUUCAAAUACCACAAUUGCUCAAUUCAACUUCAGGGAGGCACUUAGCAGUCUUGAUUGGGCUUAUUGUCUCUCUUCUUCUAUUGGUUUCUUAUUGCGCUUAUCAGGUCCUUCAGCCUUCAAUCCAACAAAGAAAAAUUUAUUAUGUGAAGCAAAAGCGUGUUAUAUUAGGAUUUCUGUGGCAUCUAAAAAAACGUGCAAUGGGAAAGCUGCUCAAAGAGAAUGGUGAACCUGAUGAAGGCAUCAUUGAAAAGCUGUUUUCUUCAAUUGACGUAGAUAACAAUGGACACAUUUCAGAUUCUGAAUUGAGAGCAUUGAUGGUUGGAAUUAAUUUUGAUAAGAUUUUCCUGGAUCAAAAUGAUGCUGUAAAUAAAAUAAUGAAAGAUUUUGAUACAUCUGGCAAUUCUACAAUUGAAUAUCAUGAGUUUCUCGGUGGCAUUUCUAGAUGGCUGAAGAAGACAGUGCAGGCUGCUGCUCGUAAUCCUGGCUCAGAGACAAAAAUUUUUGAAGACUUUCUCAUUUUCGAGGAAACAAAGAGAGAGCAAGAUCUGUUGGAUGUGAGGAAUCACAGUGAAGAAGUUGUUGAGGGUGUUGAGAGUUCCAAAUGGACCACCAUCAGGGCAGCGCUAUUGUUGUUGCUGGGAACUAUAAUUGCUGCUGCUUUUGCUGAUCCCCUGGUAGAUGCUGUUGAUAACUUCUCUGAUGCAACCGGUAUUCCUGCUUUCUUCAUCUCUUUCAUUGCACUGCCCUUGGCUACGAACUCUAGCGAAGCUGUGACAGCAAUUAUAUUUGCUAGCCGUGACAAGCGGACAACUGCCUCAUUAACAUUUUCUGAGCUAUAUGGGGCUGCAACGAUGAAUAAUGUCCUCUGCCUCUCAGUCUUUUUGGCCCUUGUUUACAUCAGGGGAUUGACAUGGGAUUUCUCAGCUGAAGUGCUGGUUAUUCUUAUUGUCUGUCUUGUGAUGGGUCUUUUGGGCAGCUUGCGCACCCAUUUCCCUCUGUGGACAGCAAUAUUAGCUAUCCUACUUUACCCAUUCUCACUGGCCCUGGUUUAUGUUCUUGAUUACGUUCUUGGCUGGUCGUAGAAUCGUGGAUGUCCCAAAAUUUUGAUUGGUGGAUAUUAUAUUUGUUGUAUGGAGAAUCGGGGUUGUUUCUUUUAAUCAGCUGUGCCUGUUUAGUUUAUAAUACAUUUUAAUUUUAGUAGGACGUCUGGAUUAUAUUAUUUUAAGUGUUUUGAGCUGGCAUAGUAUGGACAAUUUUUUAUGUUUUUAAAAAUCUGGUGUAUUUUUAUUUUUUCUUCACAUUUUGGCCCUUUUGGGUUU